GUCUGUUUCAGAUUUAAAUCAACUGCAUUCAAGCACAGUCUUGCAUGAACCCUAACAGAUGGAUCGUGGGCUCAUGUGCCCCAAAAGUAAUCUUUCGGAUAGACGGGCCACCUUGUUUGCCGUGUCAGUGUGACGUCAAAUCCUCACGAGAUCUGCAGUCAUAUGCAAAGCAGACAGGCUCAAUGGGUUUCGACUGCAUGGAGAUGUAAUAGAUGGCUUCCCUCUCUCUCUUUGAUAACAUGACUGGAAGCCAGCUGGACUUUGAACUCUGUAGGCUGACAGGUGAUACAGGUGAUCUGACGAAGAAAGACUUGGGAGUGUUUCUUGAAUUUACUGGAUUAAUGGAAUUUCAUGAGGGCUGUGGAUGCUGGUGUAACGGUAACUGAGGAAACAUGUUUGGUUUUAGACUCAGUCUUAUUCUUCUGAUCACUACGGUGGCCUCCGCUCAGGUGCAGCUACAGCCUCUAAAUGCAGCGGUGCUCCGUGGUUCGCAGGCUCGGUUCAACUGCAGCACAACUCAGCCGCCAUUUGUCAUGAACUGGAUGGUCAAUGGACGCUUGGUUAUCACCAUUCUGGAAGCAUCUGGGGUGUUGAACAGCACAGAUCGCUUUUCUGCCAAAAAUUUCACCACGCCUGGAGAGUACAAAUGGGAGUUUAUAAUUAGCAAUGUGCAGAGAGACGAUGCGGGGGAAGUCACCUGUCAGGUUUUGGGUGGAGAGCCUCGAUUGGCCACACUGUCUGUACAAGAACGUGGCAGUGUGGAGAUUGUAGGUGAAAAUCAGACCAAAACAGAAGGAGCUCAGACGGAGUUCCAGUGCCAGGCCGUGGGCUGGUUUCCUGAACCCAACAUGUCCUGGUCUGUAAAUGGAGUGGCAAAUUUCUGCAACAGAAGCUCUGUAACACAGGGAAAUCUGUUUAACUCCAACUGCACGCUGACGAUCACUGCCGUCAAAAAUUCUUCUGUUCAGUGUCUGGUCAAGGUACCUGCCCUGAGCACACCGGACAGCAGCACUGUCUUUCUGACCGUUGAAAAGCUUGCUAAAAGAGACCAGACGGUGUUGAUCGCUAUCACUGUGGCCUUCAGCGCUGCGGCUCUAUUGUUUCUAAUCAUCUACGGAAUUAUUUUCUUCUGCAUGAGAAGGAAGAAAAAGUCAAGCUACCAAGAGGAGAUCAGGAGGGCACGAAUCCAGUCCCAGAAUAGGACGCCUGCCACAGAAAACGUGCGAGGACAGGACAACCGAGGAUAUAUUAGAGAUGGACAUGAUGGACACACCAAUGGUGGAGUCUGGUACACAAACCAUUCUAACAAACAUCAGAUGCCCCAUGGUUUUUUUGAUGAUGCUCACAGGAAGCACAGACACAUGACCAUCGUCUAGAGACUAAAUGCUAGACUUCACAGACAGAAGGUGUUCUGGUUCUCUUCUUCACUCUUGUACAUAAAAUCAUCAUUUUAGGUUUAAUUACAGAAGAAAGAGAGCCUGAUGGACUUCAUAUCAGCACUUAUGGUGAUCUGCUUCACCUCCACUGGAUUAUUUAUUUGAACACAGAAGCAUUUUCUUGAUGGUCUCAGACUUUUGUGCCCCACUGAAUACUGUAGAUAAUCACCAAGAGUGUGUUUUUGGGCUAUAACAGAUAAACGUGGUCAAAAUGAGGGCGGUCGAGGGGUUGGUAAAGACUUUGGUUUGCUAAACAAACCAAUAUGACAGAAGUGUUGAUUCAUUUUUAAAUCUUUGCUGGUGCAUUAUGCAUUCAUCAGAUGCUUGCAUUUCCAAAGCAGGUUUGUUUGAAUCAACAUCUUCUUUUGCUUCCUGUUUUUGUAGCUGCUUACAAUUAAACCAAAGAUUUUUCUUGAGAAGUGUUUAGAGAAGACUAUCUUAUGUGACACGUCAUGCUUCAUGUGCUUAAUAAAACCCCCCACUGAUCUUUACCUCAUCACAGGGGAAAAACUGCUUAAAAGUGUCAUGCAAUGGGCUAGAACUAUGUGAUGCUUAUUAAUACAUCAAUUAAUCAAUAAUAUCACAUUUACAAAGACCUUUUGUGUAGUUUUCACUUAUCUGUGUUUCACACAUUUUAACAGCUCUAAAAUCCAUUAAAUGGAUUACAAGCAUUUUGAACAAACGUUUUUUUUUAUAA